UUUUUUAUAUAUAGUUUCCGAGCUAUCGUCUUCUUUGCCGUUUCCUUCCACGGCUCCCUGUCACUCACUACCACCACCGCCGGCAAACUGAAUUCUUAAUCGGGGUUCCAUCGUCGCCACUGAAUUCUCUAUGUUCAAUAGAUCUUCGUGAAAUAUCCACAGUACCCGUUUCCAGAUCUUCUUCACAAAAAAAAAAAAUGAAGAUUCCUAUAGUCGUAGUCGUAGUAAUGCUUGUAUGCUACUCGUUCUUCGCCUCCACUUCCGGAGACGCGACUAUUCACACGAACAAUUGGGCUGUCUUGGUCUGCACCUCUCGAUUCUGGUUUAACUACCGGCACAUGGCCAAUACACUCUCCCUCUAUAGGACAGUCAAGAGACUCGGAAUACCUGAUGAAAGGAUCAUCCUCAUGCUAGCUGAUGAUAUGGCCUGUAAUUCUAGAAAUCAAUAUCCUGCUCAAGUUUUCAACAACGAGAACCACCACAUUAACCUCUACGGUGAUAACGUCGAGGUGGAUUAUCGUGGCUACGAGGUGACGGUUGAGAAUUUCUUGCGGGUUUUGACUGGGCGUCAUGAGAAUGCUGUUCCUAGGUCCAAGCGUCUCCUCAGUGAUGAGGGUAGUCAUAUUCUACUCUACAUGACUGGCCACGGAGGUGAUGAGUUCCUCAAGUUUCAAGAUGCUGAAGAACUCCAGAGUCACGAUUUAGCUGAUGCUGUCAAACAGAUGAAAGAGAAGCGUAGAUUCAAGGAGCUGAUGAUCAUGGUUGAUACUUGCCAAGCUGCCACCCUCUUUAACCAGCUUCAAUCUCCUGGUGUUUUGACCAUUGGUAGCAGUCUUAAAGGAGAGAACUCAUACUCUCAUCACCUUGACUCAGAUAUUGGUGUAUCUGUUGUAGACCGGUUUACUUAUUACACUCUUGCCUUCUUCGAGAGGUUCAAUAUCUAUGACAAUGCAUCACUUAACAGUUUGUUUAGGUCCUAUGAUCCAAGACAGCUAAUGUCUACUGCUUACUACCGCACUGAUCUUUACCAGCCACAUCUGUCGGAGGUACCGGUCACAAAUUUCUUCGGUUCAGUUAUGGAGACGAUUCAUACUGAUUCAGCUUACCAUGCCUUCUCGAGUAGAAUCUCCAAUAGCAAGAUCAAAUCCGAUACGCCAUUCAUUCAUGUUUCGUCGGAGCAAGAUGUUAAAGAAGAUCUUCAGAAUACAAACAGCCAAAACGAGGAGUUGAAAACUGAGAAGCAAAAAUGUCCAUAUUCAAACAUGCGGGUAGACCUCCACGAGAAACUGAAGAAGAUUGAAAAUGUGGAUACAGUGGUUAACCUCAGCAUAGCGGUGAUGAUUCUCGUUGUAAUGGUGUCAUCAUCUUUGUUAUGAUGACGCAGCGCUCUAUGAGCCCGCUCUUAGUAUAGGAUGAUGAUCUUCAUCAUGAUAAUCCCUGUUGUAUGAUCGUCACUGUUACAGCUUGACAUCAAUGUAUUACUUUUUAACUUUAAAUUGUUUGUUAACUCUUGGUACAGAGGUUACCACAACAAAUGUUAGCCACAUAUACUGCAGAUUAGUUGACUUUCCGACAGAGUUGACUAGUGUUUAUAUAAUUGUAGUUCUUAAAUUUAUUGUGAAAUUAAGAAAGAAGUUGAGUUAAACUGAUU